GUCCCUUCCCCAAUGGUCUUGCCCAGCUGAUAUCCAUUGGAGAGUAGAAAGUCCUCCAUGCUGUGUAGCGCCUCCUUCUUGUCACCCUCUCAGCUCAUGCUGCCUCCGCGAGGCAGCUCUACCCCACCAUCGCCCUUGGCCUGCUUCUUCUCCCCCCAAGGACUUCAUUCACAGCUGCCUCCAGGGCUAGAACAUUCUCCGUCUGGACACAGCCACAGGUGGUGGGGAGGGAGAGGACCAGACAUUUUUAAACUCCUGCCCAAUUGUGAUGUAAAUGCUGUGUGACCCUCAGACAACAUGGGCAGUGUCCCUCCUUUCCCUCACCACCACCAGCAAACCCAGCAUGGGUUAAGUCAUUCUUGAGUAAGGCACUGAGUGCUAGCAGUGCUGGGGAACGGGCCUGGGUGGCUGCGUCGGUCAAGGAUGCGGGUCUUCUCCAUGUGGGCUCCGCUUCCAAGCGGGUCGCCCUCGCCUCCGAAGUCCCCAUCCAGCUGUUGGGGAAGAGUGCAAACCGGUCACCAAGGUGCUGUCACCAGAGCCCUCUGGCUUCAAGCCCGGGCCCUCACUAAAUGCCCGAACGCUCCGGGACUGCCUAGAAUUCCAGCGAGGAACAGGCUGUGUGAGGUCAGCACGCAGAGACCCGGGUCACAAUGCAGUCCUCCCCUUCGACGCUGGGGCCCGGGCGCGCAGCAGACACCUGCCAGGCUCCGCCUGGACCGGAGCGUCCUCCCGCGGCCAGGGCUCGGGCAGUUGCUUCCAGCCUGGGACCGGCCUCGGCCUCCGGCAGAGUGCCCCGGGGCCUGGACAUGAGUGCCCAGGAGACCCCACAGGGUCGAAGAUUCCCCAUUGAGGCCGGAGACUCCCCUGGCCUUGCCUCCGCCCCCGAGUCCCAGGAUAGCCCGGAGCCUGUAGCUACGGAUCAAAACCCUGUCAGGCCGCUCCGACGCUGCCCGGGCUGCCACUGUCUGACGCUGCUGCACGUGCCCAUCGACGUCUACCUGGCCAUGGGCGGGAGCCCCCGGGCCCGUGCUACCUGAGUGCGCCUGCGCACGGCAGCUCUGCAGGAGCCGGGACGGACGAGGCCAGCCGCGGGCCACCACGCUGAGGUCGCACGCGCCGAGCACGAGACAAUGAUG